ACGAGGCCGAGGCUCCUUUGAGGGUGGACGAGGCAGAGGCUCCUCUGAGGGCAGUCGAGGCCGAGGAAAUUAUGAGAGCAGAGGAGGCCAAGGAAACUGCAAAAAUGGAGGACAGAGGAACUAUGAAACUGAGGGAGAACGGGGAAACUAUGUUGCUGCACCAAAUGGGAAACCUGAAUUGCUUGGAGAUGCUUCAGCUUUCCCUACAGGUUCAGAAGAUCAUAUGCCUUACCAGAGAGGGCAUAUUGGAGGUGGAGCUUCCCAAGGAGGGACAAAAGGAGGAAAGUCAUUCCAGGGUGAAAGUGGGGGAUUCCCACAAAAUGGGCUCACUCUAACUAAACCAUCCCACAACAAAACGACUGUAGAACCAGUUCACAUUCCCAGUGCUAUGAAAUCUCCUCCACCCAUCUCCCCUCUGCUACCCAAGGAUCCUACAGCUUCUCAGGGAUUGAAGAAGGCUCCUGAACCAGUUGUUACUUCUUUGGAUGAGUUGAAAGUGGUUGAGAGCACCAUCAGUGGUCCUAUCCAAGAACUCCCCCCUGCUAUCCUUAAUGCUAGGACCCAGCAGGCAGUGGUUGUGACACACAUGGUGAAUCCUGGCCUGCUUUUUGUGCGUCAAGCAGGUCCUGAGUCUGUGUAUAAGACCAUUGUCAAGGAUUUGGCCAAGACAUCUGCUCAGUCCCUUCAGCCUGGAACAAUUGUGGCCGGUUUCAUCAUUGGGAUUCGUCUGCCUAAUGGGUCACUGUAUCGAGGGUACGUGAAGGAGGUUAAGGAGAGUCAGGUGGAAGUGUACCUAUUGGAUACAGGUGUAAUUGUGCAUAUCCCAGAUGGGUCCUGCUUCCCAUUGAGGCACACUCUUCUCUCUGUUCCAGCCCAGGCUGUCCCUUGUGUCCUGGCCAAUGUUGCCCCAGUGGAGAGAACAUGGAAGCCAGAGGACAUGACAACUGCUAAGCAAAUUCUUGCCUUGGAUGACAUGGCUUCUGUUCCCUUGUUUGCCAGUGUCAUUGGGAUGAUGGACAGGGGCCAGCCAGUAGUAACACUGGUAGAUGAGGAGUUCACUGACAUUGGGAAGUUUCUGACAGAGGUCAAAGUUGCCCAGCUGAUCUCAUGUGACUACAAGCCUUUUGCACCCAUUGCAUGGAUGAAGGAAGGAACCCUGAAGGUGAAAGUUCCACCUUCACAACUGAUGGUGAGUGCUGAAGAGGGAUGCAUCCCAUCAAUGGAAGAUGCAUGUGUGUCAGGCUCCUUGGCAUAUCACAUCCCCAUGGGGACAAAGACCCAAGGAGGGUGCCUUCAUGUUGAGGGAGAGGACAUGUACAUGCUAGUUAUCCCUGUGGAAGAGGCACUCCAGGAGAAAUUACACCAGCUUGUUGGGAAUGGCUUCUCAGAGAAUGUGAAUUCCUUUGAAGAGAUACCCUUAUCUAAAGUCCCUCUUGGGUCCAUUGUGGCAGCACCAUAUGAAGGUGCCUGGUACCGAGCAUAUGUUAUUGAGAAGGGGUCCUCGGCAUGCAAGGUGUUCUUUAUCGACUUUGGGAACCAGGGGUCAGCAGAGACAUUCCGCAAAAUCCCUGCUUCCUUCAGGGACUUCCCAGGUUUGGCCAUGAAGGCCAGCAUCUAUUCCAAGGUCUCCCUCACAGACAGAGACAAGGCAAUCUUUGCUGACAUGCAGGCAAUGAAGAUAUCCCAGGUGAACGUGGAAGUUGUAGAGAAGCGAGAUGAUCGGAUGAGGGUGAAAGUGCUUGAUGGGGAUCAUAUACCCAAGAACAAUCUAUCUCUCAUUCUCAGCCCUUGGUACAAAAAGUUCCACUCCCAAACACCAUCUUCACCCAAUCUCCCUGAAGCACAGCAAGAGAGUAUUGUCACCUCGUUGCUUCCAUCUGAACGUCAAGUUCCUUUGGCUGAUCACCUUCAGUGGCCUCAACUGAUAGUUGGCAGGAGAUACCAAGUUAUCUGCCCUUUUAUGCUCUCCCUGGAAAAGAUAUUUGCCCAGUUUUUGGACCAGAAGGAACUUCUGGGCAGACUUGCCACUGCCCUGGAAUCAUAUGGGAAGACAGAGCAUGGGAAGUGGGCUGGGCAGGCAUAUGCCCCCCUUCAGGGUGAGGUGGUGGCUGCCAUCUUCCCUGCUGAUCAAGUCUGGUACCGUGCCAAAGUACUCAACAUCCCAGGAAAUGGCACUAUCCGUGUGGAGUUCAUUGACUAUGGCAAUGAGGAAGUCAUUCCUGCCUCCAAUGCCUGCCCCCUUCCCAAGGACUUGGCCAAGGAUUACCCUGUGCUGGCAGUUACAGUUUGCCUGGAAGGAGGCAACACUCUCAAUCUCACUGAGGAUGCAAAUCCUGUCAUUUUCAGCAUGUCUGUGAAUCCUGUAACCAUGGUUGUGAAAGAUGCCCUUUCUCAGCCAGCUGUGGUGGAUUUUGAGUUGGAGGAUGGUCGUACCCUCACCCAGCUUCUCAAAGGAGAACCUGCUCCCACCCCUCCACCACCUAACCCAAUUCAACUGACCAAAAACCCCAUCAACAAUGAAGCAUCUGGACCUACAUAUGACCUGGAGAGCUUUCCUGUGGGUUCUUUGCCCAUUGGGGAGAAAGUAAACCUCAUUCCAAUUUCUGUUGAUACCCCAAACAACUUCUACUGCUGGCUGGAUGAUAAGAAUGGCCUGGAUGACUUUCGGGCCUUCACAGACAAGAUGAAAUCCCAUUGUGAGAAAACUGUAGCCCUCCAGCCUUCCCCCUAUCAUCCGCAACAGUGUGAAGUCUUCCUUGCCUUCUCUAUUCAAUAUGGGGAGUGGUACCGGGCAGCUUGUCUGGAGAUCACUACUGAGCAGAUGAUUGUCCUUUAUGUGGAUUUUGGGAGUAUGGAGACAAUCAGCCUCAAUGAUAGCCAGUGCUUGCCCUUGACCCCAGAACUGGCCCAGCAGCCUGCACAAGCUCACUUCUGUUGCCUCCCAGUGGUGUCUCUGGGUGAGCCCAAGUUCCCUUUGGAGGCCACGACAAUCAUGUUGAAUGUUCUUCCUCUCAAUAUUUCCUUUGAGGCAAUCGCCAUCAGCCAUGACUCUUCCAUUCAGCAGUACACUAUCAUGCACAAGCCUUCCAUCCAGGCCCUGGUUGAGAAAGGCUUGGCCCGUUCCAGUGAAUGAUCCUGUCUUGUGUCUCCAAGUUGAGAUAGUCAUGUAUGCUUAGAGUCCUUGUAUUUAUGGUACUGGAGAUUUUGUUGCAAUUUAUGUGAAUGGACAAAUCUCAGAAUAGUGCUCUGAUUUGCCAACAGACUCAUAGAAGUUUAUGAGAUUGUUAUGUUUUUCAAACAGACUUCUAAUACUUAUGGGGCAUUUUCUGAUUUGCACAAUUUGUGGGCACUUUGAUGGGCAGUUUUCAGCACAUAACCUCUGAUUCCUUCUAUUGGCUUCCCUAUAUGUAUCCCAUCUAGGAGGAACUGGAGAGAAUUAUAACUUCUAGAUGUUCUGUUGGGAAACAUUUCCCAAAGCUCUCUGACCUUCCUCUUUCAGGCAUAUUCAACUGGAACAUAAGAUCAUAGUGAAGCUAAGCAUUGAUUACCUUAUUAAUUUGAAAUUAUACAUGGAUUAUUGGUCUCCACUGGAAUAUUUGUAACAUGGCUUGAAUUGAUGUGAAUUUCUCUUGCACCAAAGGAUCCUUUGUGAACAGGCCUUUAGCUCUUUUGGGGGACCAACCAUUUAAGAGGUAAAUAUUGAAGGUCCAGGUUAAAAUAAGAAUGAAAUAUCUUAGCUGUACUUGGAGGAAUUGAAAGGCAGAGGAAAAAGUAGCUCAUGUAACUAGUUAGUUAUAGUCUGGUAACUGGGGAAAUUUAGAGUUAAAGUGAAAAUGAUAGCUUCUUAGUUGUAAUUGUUGGAAGAAAUGAAAGCCAGACCAAAAUGUAGUUACUAUGCCCAGAAAAUUAUUGUCUGGCAACUGAAUAUAUUAAUGUGUAUACCAUUAUUCAUGAAAGGAUUGAGGGCUAAGACAAAAAGGAGUUACUGAGAUAGGUAAGGUUGUUAUUGUAAUCCUUGGAAAAUUUGAAGGCUGAGACAAGUGCCAGAUAAUAUUCAUGCUUCAUAAUCCUUGGAGUAACUUCAGAAGUUGCCACGCAGAUGAUCCAUCUCAACUCACCUCAGUUUAAAAUUUCCCUGUCUGUGCUGCUAGAAGGCAGAAAGUUGAUCUACUUGCCAUAUAUAUAUAUAUUGUUCAGUCAAGUUGUUCAUUGAAACAACUUGACUGCUCUUCUGUCCUUUGAAUUACUCAACUUUUGCAGCUUGUGACAUCUGCUUUGGUUCCUUUUGCCCUGUUGUGGUGCUAUUGACAGGCCUUAUGGGCUGACAAUUUUCUUCCUUGUGCCCAGUCAUCCUAGAGGCCUUGUGAUUCUUUGAAUUGUUCAAGAGUGCAGGUUUUGGCCUGUUUUGUUAGAGGAUAUUGAAUAACCAUUUAUUCAUCACAAGUGCAAAGUGCCCUUCUUGAUGUGUCAUUUAUUGUAAUUGUCAGUUAUUUCUUGAAGUUCCCAUCUACUGUUUGAGUAUGUAGAACUAGGACUGCCAUAUCAUUUAAUUCAUUUGCACAUGAGUAUUAUUCCUCAACCUUCUUGUGCUCCUUAUCAUUAUUCAUUUCCCGUGUAAUUUGAAAUAUUAGGAUUGUACCAUUCCUCAAGAUGGAGCAAUGGUUGUAACUGUAUGAGAAACUGGUCAUUGUAUGCUUUGUUUCUGUGAAUUUGGCUCAGUCAUUAUCCCUUUGGAUUCAAGUGUUUCUGAAUGACUAAUGACUCCUUCCUUGAUCUCAUUGUCCAUAAAAUUAUAAUCUGGAGUAGCUUUGGCAUUCCUUACAGCUGGGCUCCCUACUAGUCAUGACCAUGCAUGUUUUCUUGCAGGAAAUUAGUGAUUCAUAAUCUGGAUUUGCAUUUGGGCAUUAGGUUUUUGAAUCGAUAUAUGCAGAAUAAUGUUAGGCAUUGCAAACUGGUGUAGAAAAAUUUACUUUAUGUGCAGUGCUGUCUCCGUGCUCUCUCUUUGUGCCUUUUGAGGGUUUUUCCAACUUUUUUCUUCUCCAGUCCUCAUUCUGCAGAUGUACAGUCUGUUCUUUCCUCUCUUUUUGGCCAGUAAGUAAUAAACUCCUGCAUUUCUAUGCUGUCAGA